AUGCUUCUGGAGCGCGAGGACAGCUUCAUGUCGGAGUUUGAGGACGCGUGCAGCGCCUGGGUGGACAGCGUGGGUUCGAGUCCCAGCGACGGAGCCGACUCCGACGUGGGGUCACCUUUCUGCAAAGUCUUUUCUCCGGGCACCGACGCCUCUGACUCGGACUUCUUCUCUGACUUCAGUGAGUGUUCUUCGGACUCUCUGUCUCCGUCCCUCGGCUGCAGCGGAGGCUUCUCCCCGGCGGAGGAGGCGGUGCAGCCGGCGGAGGAGGCGGUGCAGCCGGCGGAGGAGGCGGUGCAGCCGGCGGGUCUGAGCAGCACCGCGGACGCCAUCCUCAACAUGAUCACGGAGAUAGUGGGGAUCUGCACGGGGCUGGAGCAGGAGGUGGACGUGUCUGCUUUCCUGGACUCCCUGCUGAGCUGCGAGGCCGGGCAGGAGGAGGUGAAGCAGGAGAAGCAGGAGAAGCAGGUGAAGCAGGUGAAGCAGGAGCCGCUGGAGGAGUGGGCCGGUGACGUCAUGCAGGUGGAGCUCCACUGCCCCCCCCCCCCGCCCUCCACCCUGGACGCGCACCUGCUCUCCUCCCUCCUGCAGGGCGCGUUCCCGACGGUCGCCCCCGCAGCCCCGAAGGCCACGCGCGCGGCCAGGAGAGCUCCCGCGAGCGGAGCGAAAGCGAAAGUGAAACCGUUCCGCUGCUCCGUGGGCGCGUGCGAGCGCCGCUUCUCGCGCUCGGACGAGCUGAACAGGCACGUGCGCAUCCACACGGGCCAGAAGCCGUUCCAGUGCGCCAUCUGCGCGCGCAGCUUCAGCCGCAGCGACCACCUGACCACGCACACGCGCACGCACACCGGGGAGAAGCCGUUCUCCUGCGAGGUGUGCGGGAAGAGGUUCGCGCGCAGCGACGAGAGGAAGAGGCACGGGCGCGUGCACGUCAAGCAGCAGCUGCGCGCGCAGAUGAUGGCCGCGUACUCGCUGGCCAUGAACGCGCCCGGCGUGUGACGUCACAGUGACUUUGGAGCUGCAGCAGGUGUUCUGUCUCACUGCGCAUGCGCGAGGUUCAGGAGGUCCAGGAGGUCCAGGUCCAGCAGGAGCAGCUCGUACAGACACAAACUCUUCUGGACUUCUCUGCAUGCUGCCGUGGAGACGUGAACGUGACGUCAGAACGUGUCUUUGACUGGAAUAACUUUUCUACGUGGAACCGCUUUCUAUUUUAUCAUCCACGGGGAGUUCUAUGUUUGUACCAUAUCUCUAUUUUUCUAGUGUUCUACCUCUCUGAGUGUGUGUGUGAAUAUGAAUAUAUAUAUAUAUUUAUUUAUAGAAGAAGCCAGAUUUCUAUGGCGGAUAAACAACGUGAUGUCACCUUUUCUAUGAAACGAUUGUACGUCGUCACUGAAUGAACUUUGUUCUAUAACUUUCAUUCCGAUAACCCGUGUUGGUACAAAGCACAAACAGAGCUGCACACCUGUGCAGGUAAAGGUUCCUCGUUCUGCAUGGAGGAUGCUGCUGUCAAUAA